AUUCUAGUGCCCCGCCUCUCCAUUCCCACAUGACUCCCACACCAUAACAACAACAGGAGUCGGAAGAUGGCGAGCAGGGAGGAGGUAAGUCUGUUUCAGCCAUCAUCCCCGAGUGGAGCUAUGGAGUCUGUCUUUUCACGGGACACAGAGCCCUCUCCUGAAAUUGAGAGACUGACAGCUAGACUUCGGCAGCUGUUGGGCCGUUACGAGACGGCAGUGCUUGUUGCUCAGCGGUUGUUGGUGUGGGAAAGGCCGCUCCUCAGCGUAUUCAUGGCAAGCGCACUUAGCGGUGUUUUCUGGUUGUUCUCCAGCACAUAUCUGCGACCCCUCUUUCUACUAAGUGUUUCACUCCUUGGAGUAAUACUGCUAGAGCGAUGGAAGCAUAAACUGCUGCCUGAUUUAAUCGGUCAACAUACUGAGGAAUCUGGAGAGGAAUGUGAAACGGAGAUCAUGCAUCCUCGACUUCUUAGCUUCCCUGAGUUGUGCCAGUAUUUGGCUGAGAGUUGGUUGACCUUUCAGAUGUACUUGCAGGAAGUUGUUUUGUAUAAGAACCAGAAUCCUGGCAAGUUUUGUGCCACUGUAUGUGCUGGCUGUUCAGUUCUGGCUGUGACUGGCCACUACGUUCCAGGCAUCAUGAUCUCUUAUAUCGUCUUGCUGAGUGUUCUACUUUGGCCACUGGUGGUGUAUCAUGAACUGAUCCAGAAGAUGUACAAUGGCUUGGAACCCAUUUUAAUGAAGCUAGAUUACAGCAUGAAAGGUGAAAGACAGCAUCGUAAACAUGAGAAAAAAAAAAAACAAGUGAAGAAGGAGCCUGAAGAAAGCAGUGAACCCAUGGCAGAAACAGAAAGUGAAAGUGAAGCAGAACUUUCCAGUUUUUCUCCAAUGCUUGAUGUUAAAACAACAGCAUUAGCAUUAGCGAUAACUGAUUCUGAGUUGUCAGAUGAGGAGGCAUCAAUCCUAGAGAGUGGAGGAUUUUCUGUUUCUAGAGCAACAACGCCACAAUUGACUGAUGUCUCUGAAGACCUUGACCAGCAAAGUGUACAUAGUGAGCCAGAGGAGACCUUUUCCAAGGACCUUGCAGAAUUCCCAUCAAUAGAUGAAUUUGACUCAAAGGAUCAAAGAAUACAGAGUGAAGAAGAAGAGGAGACCUUUGGGGUACCUGCAGAUACUCACAUAGCAGAGGCUGUAGAUGGUCUUGGACCAGAGACUAGCAGUGCUGAAUUCUUGAUUCAGAGACUGGCAUCUCCCCUUCAUUUUGUAAAUACACAUUUUAAUGGGAAUGCUCAGCAGAACAGUGAAGGACAGCCCAUUGCAUCUGAAGGAAUAGGCAUGACGAUUGAAGCUUUAAGUCAAGAAAUUGUCACAACAGCCAUCAGCACUGUGGUCCAGAACACACUUUCAGCUCUUUUGAGGUCUUCAGAAGCAAAUGAAGGCCCUUCUAUAUCAGAAUUUCUCCCAACUGAACCUGAGGAAAAACUACACUUUCAAACACAGCUGAUAGAGACUGAGGAAACCGAUAAGACUGUGGCAGCAGAAGAGGAGGAAGCAGAUGACUUUGAGCUUUUGGACCAAGGAGAACUAGAGCAGAUGGAUGCAGAACUGGGUUUUGACAAGAAACAUAAGCAGCUGGAACAGGAACAUCCUGUUACUGAGGCUUCAGAGACCUCUCUGUCUUUACCAUGUGAGCUGCCAGAGAAGGAGUCUUAGCUAAAUUGCAUUCUGUCUGUGCUGGAGUCUACAUUUUUGCAUUCAAAUGUAUGCAAAAGGUUUGCAUUUUUAUGCAGCUGUACCACCAGAUCCUCCCUGAUGGCAGAUUGAGUAGGUGAUUCAUAAUUUUAUCAUCAAGUAACACAUUUUAGCUUAACGUGCUCUGAACAUCUGAGGUAGAAUUUACAGAAAUCAAAAGCCUCAGUUUAAUGGGUGUUCCAUGUGUUCUCAUAAAGCUUAUAUUUAUACAUGCAAGUAGUCCCCUUAUUACAAUGCAGCUAUAGUUUUUGUAUAUAUGGAGUUACAGAACUAGUUUGUGUUGAUGAAUAUAUUUCAUCCCAUGCAAUCUCUGUAGAGCAGAAUUGCUUGUAAACUAGAAAGGCAGGGAGGUCCUUGCUUUUAAACUUCUGUCAUUAUUGAAGGAUGCUAUACAGUGAAAUUUGAAUGAACCACAUUGAUUUCUCACUCUUAUGUUUUGUGUUCAGUUUCCCAGUUAUCUCUCACCCCAGAUCACAGGAGAGGUAUCUGUAAACAGUCUGUAUAGGAUAUUCUGCAGGCUAGUCUGACAUCUUUUGCGAUAGACUUGCUGUUUCUUUGUCUCGAUGGGUGAGGUACAAGGAUGAUACAUUUUUGUGCCAGGCCUUAUCCAUUGCCUGCCUUCAGAUAUUUGUAAUCCCCUUCUCACAUAAUUGUUGCAGUACUGAACCUGGAAGGACCGUACACCAAUAAAUGAUAUGAAUGAAGGAGAUGGCCCUUGCUGCCUUAAGUACGUCGUUUUCAGUCAUCUUUGGAUUUCCUUUCCCGCAGUAUAAUCUGCAUUGUUCCCUAAAAAAUGGGAAAAGGGUAUGUGUUCUGUCUUCCCAACAAGCACUUGCUAUAUCUAAAGAAGCACUUAAUUUAAACUGCAGUACUGACUUUGUCUAGCAUUAGGUGGAUGCUGCAUUCAUGUGUUGUCAUCUUUUAGGAAUAAUCCAACACCUUGAUUUCAUCUGCUUGUUUUGCUAGAUGGUAAAGAUUCCAUAGCACUCCUUUUAGAGUAAAUUCCCACUGAAAGUUUUAAAAUCUAGAAGAUCAUGAAGAGAAAUCAGCAUCAGUAAAUAUUGUUUAGCUGUUCUUGCAAAAUUCUUUUGUAAAUUUGUUUCCUAGGUCUACUUUACACUCAGAUCUUCACUUAAGAUUUCUCCAGAAUGAAAGUAGUUCUUGGGGUAUUCCUGCCGUUGACAGUCAGACGCCCCAACCCAUAAAAAGCCACUGGUGUAAGGAAGCCAUGGAAGGUACAUCACCUCAUUCCAUCAGUGGAGAUGCAGCAAGUUUUGAAUUUAAACUCCGUACGUAAUUCAUUAUGGAGAAAAGAGUACCCUUACUUUCUGGAAUAUUAAUGCUUGUGCUGUAGAACUUCAUUGCCUGUUUUGUCAAGUGAGGAGAUGUUUAAAUGUAAACUUGAAUGUUGGAUGAUAAUGAUCUGAGAUGAUGAAAUGCAUGCAUUAUUCAGUAUGGCAUGUUUAACUGCAAAUGCAAAAAAUGGGACUUUAAAAUAGAUGUUUGCCAUAUUUUUAAAGGAAAGCAGAUAUUUCAUAUUAGUGACGUUACUUGUUUGGUGGUGAAACCUAUAGAAGGAAACCCCAAUGGCUUAAGCUUAAAGAAUUCUGUCAAGGUCAUGACUACCUACAUGCUCAGAGCAAAUGGAAUUUAGUUAAUUGCAUUAUGGCUCAUUAUUGAAAUGUUCUGUAUAUGUGUGUAUAUGUAUGUACAUGCCCUUAUUUGUGAGGCAGGGUGUCACUACUUUUUAUGCAGAAAUAACUCUAGUAACUGAAAUACUGUUUGUGACAUUAGCAGUAGUCACUGAUGUUAGUGUUCCUUCUGGUUUUGGAAGUGUAUUUAUGUUUGUGGAUUUUUCUUUUCUGCUUGAGGGAAAAAUCUUUUAUUCUACUGUGAUUUACAGGAUUGCAUUAGAUCCUGUAGAAUAUUUUUUUCUGUACAUUUUUAAGGCAUUGAGUUCCACAUUAUUCUGACUUAUUUUUAUGUAGUUCAGUUAUUUUUGUUUAGUUAAAUUAUAUCAGAGCCUUAUGUUUUUAAAAAAAUAGAACUGAUAAAACAGUUUAUAUACUGAAUAAACCAAGGCAAGCAA